GCCUCCAGCGGUCUGCGCUUCCACACAGACAUUUCUCGCCGGCCAAACGGUCUUGGGUCUCGACUCGCACGACUCUGUGUUGGGUCUGCAAGAAUUGCGCGGCCAUCGGCGAGGCACCGUGGGGUUUGUGAGUACUUCAUCACGCCGCGACGACAGUGACACAGCUACAAUGCUCACCCGCUGGCUCGCUCGCUUCGCCCUCUCCGCCUCAGUAGCCGGAGACGUCUGCGCUGCCAUACGCACGAGCCACGGCAUCUCCGACUACAGGCGGGAGCGGUGGGCGAGGGACGACGCUCGAGCGGCGGCUGCUGGGCCCCCAUCGCUGGAGGAUCGCUAUCCUGCACGCAGCAUUUCAGUCCCCAUAGACCAUUUCCACAAUGAGUCGUCAUACGCACCACAUUCGGACGAAUUCUUCCAGCUUCGCUACUGGUUCGACGCGUCCUACUACCGCGAUGGAGGCCCCAUCAUCGUCCUGCUCGGCGGCGAGACCAGCGGCGCGGAUCGCCUGCCCUUUAUGGAAAAGGGUAUCCUGGCCAAGCUCGCCGAGGCGACGGGAGGGGUGAGUGUUAUUCUCGAGCACCGCUACUAUGGUGAAAGCUUCCCUGUGCCGGACCUUAGCAUCUCGAACCUCCGGUUUUUGACCACCGACCAGGCUCUUGCCGACACGGCUUUCUUCGCGCGCAAUGUCAUUUUUGAAGGGUUCGAGGACCGUGACCUGACAUCUGGCAACACGCCUUACUUUACCUACGGUGGCUCCUAUGCCGGCGCAUUUGCGGCCUUCCUGCGGAAGCUGUAUCCCGAGGAUUACUGGGGAGCCAUUUCGUCGUCGGGCGUUACCCUGGCGGUUGCCGAUUACUGGCAGUAUUACGAAGCCCAGCGCCUUUUCGCGCCGCCGGACUGCGUGGUCACGAUACAAAAGUUGACUCACGUCGUGGACAACAUCGUUACUGGCAGCAACAAGUUCACUGGUAGCGCCCGGCUGCGGGACGCUUUUGGUCUCCCCAAUGUGACCUACCUCCCUGAUUUCGUCAACGUCCUCGCCAACGGCAUUAAGGGUUGGCAAGAGCUGAACUGGGACCUGGCCGUUAGCAAUCCGGACGUUUAUCAGUUUUGCAACAAUAUAACCUCGGAUACACUGGUAUACCCGCAAACCGAGCGCUUGACACCGGCCGUCCGACGGCUUCUUGAGGAGGGAGGAUAUGGGGAUGAAGUCGACCGGUUGGCACCCCGCAUGCUGAACUACAUUGGCUUCGUCAACCUGACCGAGGUGGCCCCCUGCGCUCGUCGAGGACAGACCCAGGAGUCCUGUUUUGGUAACCGCAACCUCGGUGACUACAAAGACGACGACAUCACACAGACGUGGCGGUCUUGGGAGUACCAGGUCUGCACUCAAUGGGGGUACUUUUUGACGGGCGCGAGCGUCCCCCAAACGCAGCUGCCGCUUGUCUCUCGUCUGCUGGACAUCGACUACCUCGGCUUCGCCUGCGAGCACGCCUUCAACAUCACCAAGCCCCCGGAUGUCGAGUCUAUCAACAAGCACGGCGGCCUCAACUUUAGCUACCCGCGCGUGGCGCUCAUCGACGGCGAGGCGGACCCCUGGCUGUGGGCCGGCACACACGCUCCCGAGGCGCCGGCGCGGACUUCGACGGCGUCGGAGCCGUUCAUCCUCAUCAAGGGCAAGGCUGUGCACCACUGGGACGAGAACGGGCUGCUCGCGAACGAGACCACGGCAGAGCUGCCGCCCCGCCAGAUUGUCGAGGUGCAGCGGCGCGAGAUGGAGAUUGUGAGGGAGUGGAUGAAGGAGUGGCACGCGCACAAGAAGGAUGUUUCUCCAGAAAAACAUGUCAUGUUUGCUCAGCUCUAGGAAGCAAGCCGGAUUCGGGGGACGCUUGGGCGUUUCUGUGCCGCUAUCCCACGCCGCUUGGCCUCACAGCAGUGACACGAAGGCGGCGGUGGUGACACGCCCUCAUGGGUUGGUGAGCGCGACGCGGGCAUCUCUUCCGUCAGGUUGUGCAAGCCUUCGGAUGGAACGGCAAACACGGCACUCCUGGUACGUAGUAUAUGUAAUGACGUAUCAAACAUGGUGCAUUGGCAUGUUGAAUGCUGCUCAAUACUCGCAGCAUCGGCCAUGGCGACCCUCGCGUCCGCCACAAUCGCUCUCGUCUGAUCUUGGGUGUUUGCUC